CCGACCCCGACCUGGUAAAGGCGCACAGUUUGAUUUACAUUGGUGACCAACAGUGUUUCAAUUUCAUCUAUCAGAAGAGACUGGAAGAUGGAAGUUCGCUCAGAGGAGUCAGCCCCGAGUGAGUCUCAACCUGAGAGUGAAAGUGAGCCCUUGACGUCAGAGAACGGUGUUUUGUACCAGUAUGAAACACAACACUUUGGCUUUACACCCAUCACACUUCUGAAUGGAAUGUACAACUCUGUGUGUGAUCUGUACAGGGAGGCCUUGAAGGCAUUUUGUAGAACAUGCUCUGAAAAGUACCCCGAUGCAGUGACGGAGAAGGAACUGCGGUCAGCUCGGCACGCUGUCGGACAGAAGAUUGACAAAGAUGUAUCUCGCAUAUUUGAUGUGCUUGAGCACUUCUUGCUGAAGAACAUUUUCACGAUCCCCGACGACGUGGUCCUCCCAGAGGACCGGUGCCAGACAGAGGAGCGGGCGGCAGACAAUGGGAUGGAGGAGAAGAAACGGGAGCUCAAGCAAAAGAUUGUGGCUGUGAAGAUUGCCAACGCUCAGUUAAGUAAACACAUUGAGGACUCUCAGGCUCUCCAGACUGCAUUGGAUGAACUUUCAGAGAAAAUGUCGUCAGAGGGAAAGCUUUCUGGAAUGAGCGCUGGAGACAUGAAGGAUUACCUCUCCUACUACAGUGAUUUGUUGAGUCGCGCCGUUUCUGACAGGAAGGGGACCUGAUCUGGCACAAGUCAUCUGUGUUGCUGUUGUUGUUAUGUCGUUGUUAUCGAUCCAGAUCAGUGUCGCUAAAUCUUGUAGUCUUUUGUAAAUAAUUCUUUUUCUUCUUCAGUGAAAUAGUGUCAUCAUCAUCAUCGUUGCGUUUCUCACCCUGCACCAGGAUAUAGGCCACGGACAAACCCUUUCCACCACUCUCUAUCCUGGACUAGCCUCUUGAUGUUAUUCCAUGUCUUCCCACAUUUCUGUACAUCAAUUCUGUGAUUCUUCUCCAGGUUCCACGCAGCCUUCCCCUUGAUCUUUUACCCCUUGGAUUCCAAUCCAACACUCUCUUUGCUAUGCAGCUGUCUGACUUCCAAAUCCAUCACCACCGCCUUCUUCCUACCUGAUCUCUGACUGGUAUCUGUCUUAUUUUCCUUAACACUUCCUCAUUGGUGACCCUGUCUAUCAAUCUGAUCCUCUGUAACUUCCUUAGACAUUUGUUCAAGAAAACCUGGAAAUAGUGUACGGAGAUGUAGAAAGAGAGAAGCAAGCACUUUGAUUGAGGAACCAUUGAUUCUUUCUCUUUACACUCACACAAGGACACAAUCAGAACAAUAUGUCGCUAUCAUUAUCGAUUUUUAAAAUGCUUGCAUUAGCCACAUCUUUCUUAUAACAAACACUCAGAUUCAAUGAAAUCUAAGGUUGUGCUCAAUUACUUUGUUUUAUAUGUGUGUGUGUGUGCCACGACACAUUGGAAUCAGAUGCUCGCCAAUUAUGGGGCAUGUGGAGUUAUUAGUAUCAUCUGAAAGCUGAUUUAUUUGCCUUGCUUCCAAUGUAUUAAAUAUCCAUCUAUCUUGGAUCAGACAUUUGCGAUAUGAAGGAUGUGAGGUCACCUGGUUUCAGUGGUGAAAUUAGCAUGAAAAUGGCUGCCAAAGUUUGGUAACUCCAAACAUAAAA